CGACAAAACGCCUCGCAACACUCCCAAUCCCCUCCUAAACCGCCUAAACCGCCUCCAGCCAAAAUGUCCAACCGCCAGCUCGCCCGCGACAUGCAAGUCGAGUUCCAGGCGCGCUUCCAGGCCAAACAGGCCCGGCGCGAGGCCCAAAAGGCCGCCAAGCAGGACCCCGUCCUCAAGAAGCAGAUCCAGGACCUGCUGAAGAAGGGCGAGACGCAAAAGGCGUACCAAAAGGCCAAGAUGCUGCUGUCCAAGCAGGCGCUGGCGCAGCAGAUGGACCAGAUGGCCGACAUGGCCGAGCUGUCGGCGGCGCAGAUCCAGGCCAACAACUCGAUGAACCGCAUGACGCACAUGAUGGCCUCGUCGUCGCGGACGAUGAACCUGGCGCAGAAGAAUACGAAUCCGGAAAAGACCCUCGUUACCCUGGAGCAGUUCAAGCAGCAAAACGAGGAAUACGCCAUGACCAACGGCAUCUACCAGGACGCCAUCACGCAGUCCACCUCCGUCCAGGUCGGCGAGGACGCCGUCCACGAGCUGCUGGGCAAACUGGCCGACGAUGCUGGCCUGGAAGUCAGCUUCGAGCUCAACAAGGCCACGCCUGCGACGGCCGAGCCCCAGACCGCGGAGCCGACGGCCGAGGAGGAGGACAAGCUGCAGCAGAGACUGAGGGCUUUGCGGGCUUAGAUUUGCAGGAGUGAAUUUCAUAGCGGACUAUCUUUUUGAUUUUUUGUGCUUGCUGCGUUACUCCCUGGGUUGAUAUGCAUGUGUAUGAAUCAACCGGGAUAUUGAUUUGAUUUGCUAGGUUUCUUCUUUGUUUGGGACAUGAGGGCUUUUAUCGUUCAUCGGCGUUCUGAGAGGGCAAAUGCACAAGGGCUGGGUUUUUGACUGAUAAUGAUUGACUGGAUCAAGAACUGUUGAAUUGCUACCAUUAUUAGAGCUGCAGCUUUUACUUAUUGAUUCCUGCUGCAGCGAUAGCCUGACGCGAGGUCCUGGUGGAGCUUCUAUACAUAUCUUGCUACACACAUACAAGUAUUUACAUCUAUAUAUUUUACAACUGAUUCUCU